AUGUCGCUGACCUCACCUGCACCGACCACAGCUCGGCAUCCACUCCAUCCUGAGCCUCACGCGAUUAUCGCCGUGUGGCAAAUCCCUGCCAAGCUGUCAUGGAGCUCGGAAGACACACUCGACGGCAUCCUGGAUGGGUGCUUCUACCAUGAUUUCGAGCAGAUGCCGUGCAACAUCACCCAGCGCGCGAAUGCGACGAUGCUCAUGCUUGCACGGCACAACGAUCUCGACGGGGCGCUUCGCAUCAUGCGCGAGACGGAUCUCGGACGAGUUCAAAAGAUCGGACCCAUGUCGUUCAGCGUGGCUCCGCGCCGGCCUUGGGUCCACCAUGGCUGGAUCAACCAGGACAGGGCACAGGAAAGCGGGAACAAGAUAGUGGAGAACAGGAACAAGAUGGUGAAGAAUAGCAUUAUCUAUGGCGGGAGUGUGUCAGAGUACUACCUGCUGUUCCAAUCGGCGAGAUGA